AUCCCCCAAUGUAAGAGCCGCGCCACUGCGGCGGCCGAUUCCCCCAAAAUUCAAUUUAAAUGUUCCCCGUUUCUCUUGAAUCAAUCAAUUAUCCAACCGUUUUUGUUUGCAGAUAAAGUGGAAAAGAAAAAGAAUGCAGAUCCAGGUAAAGUGUAGUUGUGGGGCAGAGAAGUGCCCUGAAUGGGCAAUUAUCGAAUUGCAAGGCGUGGUUGAAGUGCAGCCUUCUUUCCAGCAUUCUCUCCAAAACCUCCAAAUCGGACUGCUUUGCCGCCCUUCUUCCCAGGAGAAUUACACUUUCACGGUCGGCUAUCAUGAAUUAACGGGGUCCAAAGUGGCCCUUAAGAAGCCCAUGGUGGUUCUCAAGAAAAUUAAGUACAUGGACGUGGCUACUUCUUCUUCAUCAUGCGUAGAGCUCGAUGUUGUUGGAGUUAUUCGCCACAAGAUUUUGUUCAAGACCAGGCCCACGGCCUUGAUCUCUGGACCACAACCCACAGUUAAGGAAAAGAUUAAUGCGGCAGGUGCCUGAUGGUACUUGAAUGUUUCUAACUUGCUAAAUGCUUGUUUAAUUAACUAUGUCAGUGGUGCUUGUUGUUUUGAGAUGCUUUCUUUUGUUUUUGCCCCCUUAUCUACUCAUCGUCUAGGUAGUCAUGUUUUGGCUGUGUAAUAUUAAUUAAUUGUUUUAUAUAAAUUUUGAUGACACUUGUUAAAUCUCCAUUAAUGAAGUCUUAGCACAGUUGGUAAAA